CCGGCCCAGGUCACCAAACGCUGCGAGAGGCUGAGAGCAACGAGCAUCAACGCGAGCUCAACAGAGGAGACACUUUGGACACUUCCCAGAUCAUAAUCUAUUUCUUCAUCAGAAGACCACCCACAUUACCAUGAAGUCGACAUGUCUGCUCCUCUUGGCUUCUCUCGUGGUCUGCAACAUGACUGUGUGUGGAGGACAGGGCUUCCCCACUGAGGAGGAGACAGACGGCAGGACCAUAGACGACAUCAUACUACAGAGAGCAGAGAGUCUCCUGUUACGGUCCAUUCUCAGGAAGAUGCAGGAUGAAUACGGCAGAAACGAAGGGUCUUCUUCUCAGACAGAAUGGAUGACAAAACGACAACAUCCCGGUAAGAGGUACAUCGAGGAUUUGGAGAAGCGGCAGCAUCCGGGGAGGAGAGAAGAAGAUGAGGAUGAACAGUACGUGGAUGUUCAAAAGAGACAGCAUCCGGGCAAACGCGAAGAUGAAAUGCACUCUUUCAUGGAGCUCCAGAAAAGGCAGCACCCGGGGAAGCGCGUCACGAUGGAACACGUUUCUGAAAACCCCAUUGUGCUCCUGAGUGAACUUUCAAAACGGCAACACCCGGGGAAGCGCUACCUGGUACUGCACAGCAAACGCCAGCACCCAGGUAAGCGCAACUUCGAGGAUGAGGAGGACGACGGGGACUGGGACGCGGAUUCAGAUGGUUACGAAGAGUUCGCCGAGUUAGAAAAGCGUCAGCACCCAGGGAAACGGUUUUUGGAUAACUCCAGUCCGGAUUUAGGCACGAACAGUCCCUGUGAUGUAUUGGACCCUACGAGCUGCAGCAAGACCAAUCUGCUGCUCGACCUUUUAGACAACAUCAACAAGAGCCAUGUCGAGGAGAAGAGACAACACCCGGGCAAAAGGUUUGCACCCGAGGAGGAUUUAGUGGAAGCAGAGUAGAGUAGGUUAAACGGUCUGGUGCCCGUGCACUGUUUUAUUGUAAACAAAUAAAUGUGUAAAUGAAGUGACCAUAAAUAAUUAUGAAAAAUGAAAAAAUAUUUUGUGCUACCGUUUUUCUUUGAGCGACAGCAUAAUGUAUCAUCGUUGCAAAACAUCUCUGCUGUUUUUUUUGGGAUGGCGAAAUUGUCUUUAUAUAUCUAAAUAUCGCUGAUUAUGGUUUUCAUUAGAGUACGUGUCAUAUCUUGAACUUUAUUAAGGAAUUAUUAUUAUUAGAAAUAUUAACUCUUUAUUUUAUUAAUUAGUCAAUUAUGGUAACAGAAGAAUGACACCUUCAGUCUCCUGGCUUUGGCGAUGUUGCCUCUGUGAGGAAACACACGCUUGUCAGUGCAUCCUGAAAUAUGAUCUAUGGAAGUGUGUUUACGACUUUGCAGAGGACAUCCCUUGAUUGGUUGAUUUAUGUUUAUUUAUUUUAUACUUCUGUAUAAUAUAAUGAAUACCACCGCAACUAUAAAGUUUCACUGAUUAUUUUUCUACAUAUAAAUUGCAUGAAUUAAUUUUAUUUAACCUAUUGUUGUAAAUUCAAA